GGUAACCCUAAGACCCCGCCCUCUCAUGCUAUUGGCUCAGCUCUGCCUCAUCAUCCCGCCUCUGCUGCCAGUCCCAACCAAUCCAGGAACGUGUGUGACUUCCUGACACCACCCCCGGACCAGCCAAUCACUAAACGCCUCUCCAACUCUUCAGCCUCCCUGCACUCACCAGAAAGAGCAUCCCCCAGCCCCCAGCGACCGGCCUACAAAUGUUCCCCCUCCAGGAAGGCAAGCAAUGGACCCCCGGAGGACAAGACCCCCAGAACACCCACAACAGAGAGAGGCCCCACCUCCUGUCUGACUGACUCUUCAAUGAGACGCCUCGAAUCUCCGACCACGCCCACCCGAAGCUCCUCCCCCAGAGCCCAUAGCAAAGCAGUGGGCACGCCCAAAAGGGUGAGGUCGACUAAGAGUCGUGCCCAAUCCCCCUGCUCCCCGGGACAGUACCCUCCCUCCCCCCACCGCCAGCGACCCCCGGUAACCGAGGGCAACCAUGAGGCCAGGGGUCAUGGAACCCUGGAGAGGAAGUCCUCCAAGCCGGACGCAGAGAAGAAGAUCCCCAAGUCCUGCAACAGAGACCUGGCGGCAGAUUCUCCAGGUACGCCCACAGGCAGGAACGUUGCCGGGACAACGGAUGCUGAGGAGGCGUCUAGACUGUUGGCUGAGAGGCGGCGUCUGGCCAGAGUACAGAAAGAGCAGGAGGACAAACUACGACAGGAGGAGGAGAGGCUGAGAGCUGAGGAGGAUCUGAGGAGAGAGCAGGAGGCGCGGGAGCGGCAGGCGAGAGAGGCACAACGAGCAGAGGAGGAGAGAGAGAGACGGGAGGGGGAGAGAGAGAGACGGGAGGAGGAGAGGAAGAGCAGAGAAGAGGAGGAGAGAAGGACCAAGGAGAGACGAUGGAAAGACAUGCAGGAUCAGCUGGACCGAGAGGUCAGGGGUCAGGGCUCAGGGCUUAAACUUCACACCAGGGGAGAAUGACUGCCCCCUCUCAUUGAAGCCACAGAUGUUCAAGGCCAACCGCGGUACUGCAGGCAUUGCAAACAGAAACAUCCAUUCUAGUGAAUGGGAAAAUGGCAAUCCUCGUGGUGAAUCUUUGUGUAAAUAAAAAACUACAUUUGGUACCAAUGAUUGCUUCUAAUACACCAUAUUUGUGUCCUUGAGCAGAUUAUUUUAAAUUCACACACAAGAAGUUAUAACGAUAAUUUCUUUGAUAAUGGUAGCCUGCAGUACCACGGUCGGCCUUCAACUUGAGUUAUUCAAUGAGAGGGGGCAGCACUGAGCUAGCCUGCAACGUCACUUCCUGGAGUAG